GUCGGUCGAUUCCAUCCUGCGGAAUAUCGGGGGAUACUUAUUCCAUCGAAUCGGUUUCUUUCGAAAUUCCACGGAUUUGAUCAUCGAAACUCAUUUCACCGGGAGUUUCAUUGGAGUAAAACGCAAGCGUACAGAGCAGGAUGUCAAUAUUUGCCAGGCGGGUCCUCUCGUCGAACUUUUUGAAGGAGUGCUUCCGACCUGUACGUCCUAAUAUAUACCCUCGCCAAUGUCAGCUGCUAACGACUCAGUCACAAUCAAAUGUGGAGGAAGUUGAAAGCUCAGAGGCUACACUGGACCCAUUGGCACAUCCGGACUUCUUCCAAGUGCACACUCUGUUCACUGUGAAGGAUCUGUACAAUGCAAGGGUACACUACGGCCAUAAGGAUACCUCGAUGCACAAGAACAUGGAGACAUUCAUAUUCGGCUCCAGAAUGGGACACCUGAUCAUCGACCUGGACCAGACCGCCGAGCUGCUGCGACAAGCACUGAACUUCAUCGCUCACGUCGCAUUCAGAGGCGGCAUCAUCCUGUUCAUCUCAAGGAAUCCUCAGAUCACCUAUCUGGUGGACAAGACAGCCAAGGAAUGCAAUGAGUUCUCGCAUACCAGAUACUGGAGGAUGGGCAUAUUCACGAAUUCCACGAAGCAGUUCAAAACUAUGACCAGGUUACCUGAUCUCUGUAUCUUUCUCAAUACCUUCGACACCUCCACGUCCGAACACCUGGCGGUGAUGCACUCCGCGAAGAUGGGCAUACCCAGCGUGGGUGUGGUCGACACGAAUUGCAACCCGAAUCUUAUAUCAUACCCAAUACCCGGAAAUGACGACUCCCUGUGCGCCAUCGAGCUCUAUUGCUCGCUUUUCAAAGAGGCUGUUCUCAGAGGUAAGAAGGCGAGGGAGCAGGUGACGAAACUCAUGGAUUCGGAGUGAGUAGAUCCAGUGUAAUUAAUUCAGCUAAGUGAAUAUUGUGUACAGUGCAACUGAUGGAAAUACACCAUCUUUCUCUGGGCCCAGAGUAAGAUUGAGUAAAACCUCAAACGAAUGUCUCAGUACUUUAUUUUAUUCGUCUUGCUUUAUGUAUGUAACAUAUGUAUGUAUGAAAAAAUAUCCUUGUACAUUAGGCGUCAUCUGUGAGCCUCUUGGGAAGCUGAUCAAGUUCACAGUUUCAAAUUAAAAACUCUUAAAUUUAUAAAUUAAAUUUAAAUUUCUAAAUUUAAAUCACUCAGGUGUAACGUUUUGUUAAUUUCGAGGAACUGAGAGCUGAUAGUGUGUGCUCUGUUCCUGAAAUUAAGAAAGCUACCAGGAAUGAAAUCGAUCGGUUUGGUCACCGAGGAGCUCGUAUACAUCUUAGCAUUGUAACUAGAUUCAUCUGCGUGGUCUCCAACCUCGCAUAUAAAGCGUAAAGCUGAAGAUCACAGAGGAAAACCCCCGGCGAAUAUCGGUCUAAGGAGGAUUUACUCAAUAAAUUAUUCCGUUACAAUAACAAUAAAUAAAUGUUGAGACAUAUAUGACGUGUAACGUACAUCAUCGAACGAUUCAAUUAUACGUGAUAGAAAAAA